AUGUUGCGGCAAGUUGCGCGACAAGCCAAGGGCUGCGUGCGGCGAUUCUCGUCAAAGGAGAGCACUCCUCCUCAUGUGAACACAUCCAACACGGGGCCGAUUACGUGGGCUAGCAUGGCGCUGGCUGGCGCGAUCGGCGCCGGUGCGUUGGCGUAUUACCACACCGAGAAAGAGCGACUGCAAACCCAGACGACAGGUAAAGUCACGUCCGUGGGGAAGCCUCUCUUGGGCGGGCCGUGGACGUUGGUCGACUGCGAGUCUGGGUCGUGUGUCACGGACGCGUCUUUCCACGGCAAGCAUACGCUGCUGUACUUUGGAUUCACGCACUGCCCUGACAUUUGUCCGAACGAGCUGGUGCGCUUAGGCGACGUGCUGGACAAAAUCCCAAACGUCGACAUUGAACCGCUCUUCAUCACGGUCGACCCAGCGCGAGACACAGUGCAGCAGAUGGAAGCGUACAAGAAGGACUUCCAUCCGAAGCUGCGCAUGCUCACGGGCACCCCCGAUCAAGUGAAGGACGUGACCAAGGCGUACCGCGUGUACUUCACCAAGGCCGACGAGUCCGACGUCGAUGACGACGGCGAGGACGACGAAGAGUACCUGGUCGACCACUCCAUCGUCAUGUACCUCAUCAGUCCCAGUGGUGAAUUCCUCGAUUUCUUCACGCAAUCUGCCCGCGUGGACGACAUCGUCAAGAAGAUCACUGCGUUGACGCAAUGA